AUGGCACGACACAGCUAUAAAAGGCGCACAUCCGUCUCCGAGUCCCAGAUCGUCACGACUAUCAAGCCUACUACGACCAAACUCACCAUCACCAUCACCAUCAUACAACAACCGUCAACAGCAAACAUGGUAUUUGGUACUAAUUCCACCAGCAUACCAUCAACACGCACCGUUACCACCGCCACCCCUCGUCCCUCCUCUCCAAUGGACGACGAAGAUGUCGUAGAAGUGGUCGACACCGCCGCCUCCACUUCAUCCUCCUCAUCACCUCCAUCCACCCGCCUCAUGGCCGUCGGGAAAUGCAAAGCGGAACUCAAAUCCGGCAAUAUAGGCCUAGACUGUCCCUGCAGCAGAGGAAUCUUCUCUCUAUCCCAUACCAACGAUAUUAGCGAUAAAUGCAUCGACUGCGAGCACUCCAUCGCAGAACACGAGGGCAUUGAUGUCGAUAUCCAACGAAAAGGCAUGUCCCUUCUUACCCCCCCUAAUCUCUCUAAUCCAUAUAACCAUCCCCCAACCAACAACAACAACCAAGAUCUAAUCAUAGAAAUAGAAGGAGACCCCCGGCACACAACCCUCACCAAACUCACCAAUCUAAUGGACCUUUACCCCCUCCUCUACGUCCGCGGCAUCCCCGACAGCGGCAAAGGAACCGUGAACCAAUUCCGGCGCGAGAACAUCAUGCUAAUGACACGGGAGCAAGAAGCGAAUAGUUUCUUUCUUCCUGUGGAUAAGCCGCUCGAGGAGUUCGAUUCGGAGGAUGAUCGUCUCCUCACGCAGAUUUUGGGCUCGUUUAAUCGUCUUUGCAAUGAUCCGCAGAUCUUCUUCCUGUUUAUUUAUUUUUUGACCCUGUCGGCGUGGUUAAGUGAUCGGUUUAUUAAACAGGUGGUUUUGCCCUAUUUGCCGGCGCCGGGGGCGGGGAUGAGGGGGUUGAGAUAG